AUGGAAGCCUUCACUGUUUGUGGCGCGGGCAAUCUCUCCGAGCCGGUGGACCUCCCUGCGGAACUCUGGUUCAGGCUGUGCGAGGCCGAGAAAGACUUGGCCUUUGCCGUGGAGCGCUGUGAAGCAAUCCGCAGGGAGAAGGAGCGCGGCCGCCACAUUCGCGCCAGGAAGACCGAGGAAGCGGAGGACGACCUGUACUCGGCCAGCUUGCACUUCGUCCAUGUGCAGCGACAUUUGGGAGUCUUCGUUGGGGAGCCCUCUGCAGAGGAGGCCCGCCGAGCUCUGGCGCAGAGAGCGGCCGAUGCCGCUGCGACGCUGCUGCAGCUAGGCAGCCGCGUCGGGCUGCCGUCAGACGUGUGGCGUCGCGUCAUCCGGACGGCCCUUCCACUUCAGAGCUUUGGCUUCGAGGAGGGUCCCAAGCUGCGCGUCUCGAUUCCUGAAUUUGCUCGGGGUUGCAAUGCCGAAGCAAGCGCUUGCACCUGA